AUGUGGUCCACGACACUAGCCCUCGCGGCCCUCGCGCUGCCGCUUGCUGCGUCGGACCGCGCCGUCUCACCCGAAGUCUACCCCAGUCCUUCCGGCCAAGGCACCGGCCGCUGGGCGGGCGCCUACGCCAGCGCGCGCAAGCUCGUCGCGCAGAUGACGCUCGAGGAAAAGGUCAAUGUCACGCGCGGCUUCAAGACCGACGCCAAUGUCUGCGCCGGCAACUCGGGCUCCGUGCCCCGGCUCGGCUGGCCGGGCAUGUGCCUGCACGACGCGGGCAACGGCGUCCGCGCCACCGACAUGGUCAGCGCCUGGGCCUCGGGCCUGCAUGUCGGCGCCAGCUGGGACCGCAACCUGACGUACCAGCGCGGCGUCUACAUGGCCAAGGAGUUUCGCGCCAAGGGAGUCAACAUUGCGCUGGGCCCGAAUGCCGGCCCCCUUGGCCGCACGCCCCUCGGCGGCCGCAACUGGGAGGGCUUCUCCGUCGACCCCUAUCUCUCCGGCCAGCUCAAUGCCGAGACCAUCGUCGGGUACCAAGACGCCGGCGUCAUUGCCAACCUCAAGCACUUCAUCGCCAACGAGCAAGAGACGUACCGCCGCCCCUAUUUCGGCGUCGAGGCCGCCUCGUCCAACCUCGACGACAAGACGCUGCACGAGUACUACCUCUGGCCCUUCAUGGACGGCGUCCGCGCCGGCGUCGCCUCCGUCAUGUGCUCCUACAACCGCAUCAACAACACGUACGGCUGCGAGAACAGCAAGCUCAUGAACGGCGUCCUCAAGGGCGAGCUCGCCUUUGACGGCUUCGUCAUGCUCGACUGGAACGCCCAGCACAACCUGCAGAGCGCAAACGGGGGGCUCGACAUGAUUAUGCCCUACGGCGGCUCGUGGGGCGACAACCUGACGCAUGCCGUCCAGAAUGGUACCGUUCCGGAGAAGCGCGUCACCGACAUGGCAACGAGAAUCCUCGCCGCCUGGUACCUCGUCGGCCAGGACUCGCCAGACUUCCCGACUCCGGGCGUCGGCAUGAAGAAUCUCUCCCUGCCGCACGACCCCAUCGACGCGCGCGUGCCCGAGUCCAAGCCGGUGCUCCUCAACGGCGCCGUCGCGGGCCACGUCCUCGUCAAGAACGCCAACCGCACGCUGCCGUUCCGCGGCAAGCCCAAGAUGCUGUCCGUCUUCGGCUAUGACGCCGUGCCGCCGCCCACCAAGAACAUCGACACGCUCUUUCAGCUCGGCUACACGUCCUCGCAGGAGAUGGGCCAGGCAGUGCUCGGCACGCUGCGCAGCUUCGACCAGGCCGCGCGGGGCGGCACCAUCACCACGGGCGGCAGGGCGGGCGCCAACGCGCCGCCGUACAUGAGCGAUCCCCUGAGCGCCAUCCAGCAGCGAGCCGCCAAAGACGGCACCUGGGUCAACUGGGACGUCACGUCCACAACGCCCGACGUCAACGGCGCGACGCAGGCCUGCCUCGUCUUCAUCAACGCCAUCGCGACCGAGGGCUGGGACCGCACGGGCCUGCACGAUGACGCCAGCGACGCGCUGGUGCUGCACGUCGCCUCGCGCUGCGCCAACACCAUCGUCGUCGUCCACGCCGCCGGCAUCCGCCUCGUCGACCAGUGGAUCGAGCACCCCAACGUCACGGCCGCCGUCUUCGCCCACCUCCCCGGCCAGGACUCAGGCGCCGCCCUCGUGCGCCUGCUCUACGGCCAGGAGAACUUCUCCGGCCGCCUGCCCUACACCGUCGCCCGCAACGAGUCCGACUACCCCGUGUACGCGCCGUGCGGCCGCGGCAAGGACAACACCACGGACCCGCAGUGCGACUACACAGAGGGCGUGUACCUCGACUACCGCGCAUUCGACGCCAAGAAUAUCACGCCGCGCUUCGAGUUUGGCUACGGCCUGAGCUACACCACCUUCAAGUACUCGGCGCUCGCGCUCUCGCCCCUCAAGUCGCUGUGCGCGACACCCUUGACGGACUCGACCAACAGCAGCACUCACGGCGGUGGCCUGUGGGACGUGGUCGCUCGCGUCGAGGCCACCGUCGUCAACGCGGGCCACGUCUCGGGCCACGAGGUCGCGCAGCUGUACGUCGGCAUCCCCGGCGCGCCGCCCAAGCAGCUGCGCGGGUUCGAGAAGGUGCACCUGCGGCCCGGCACGGCGGCGACGGUGCGCUUCGAGCUGACGAGGCGGGACCUGAGCGUGUGGGACGUGGCGCGCCAGCGCUGGGUCGUGCAGAAGGGGGCGUAUCCCGUGUACGUGGGCGCGAGCAGUCGCGACGUCAGGCUGACGGGCUCGCUGGUCGUCGAGUAG